AUGACUCUUUCUGUUACCACCGAGACCGCAGUCCCUGCUGCAGAAGGCCGUGGACGAGUGCCUUUGAAGCUAAGUGGUGCUCUGGAUGCUUAUGAGUCUUUUGAUGUCACACCAGUCAUUGGACGCGAGUUUCCCAACGCAAGCGUAAAGGACUUCCUGUGUGCUCCGAACUCUGAUGAACUGCUUCGAGAUCUUGCCAUUACUAUUUCCCAGCGCGGAGUAGUCUUCUUCCGGAAGCAGGAUGAUCUGACUGACAGCUUGCAAAAAGAACUCGCGCAGCGACUUGGACAGCUGUCGGGAAAGCCAAAGACAUCUGGAUUACAUAUUCACCCAGUUGCCAACUCACGCCGAAAGGUAAGCGUCAAGGAUGACGAGAUCAGCGUGAUCAACUCGCAGGAGGGGAAAAAGCUGUACAAAUCGCGUGUUACCCGGCACCAGACCGCCAGAAAGGAGUGGCAUAGCGACAUUACUUUUGAACCCAUUCCGAGCGACUUUACAAUGUUGCGUUUGACCGUUCUCCCAAGGACUGGCGGUGAUACUCUGUGGGCUUCGGGAUACGAGGUAUAUGACCGGCUCUCACCACCUUACCAGAAAUUCCUGGAAGGGUUGACUGCAACGUUUUCGCAGCCCCAAUUCAACCAAUUUGCGAAGGAUAGCGGCUUCGAGGUUUUCAAGGGCCCUCGCGGUGCCCCUGAGAAUUUCGGGGAAGAGCUGCGUGCUGAGCACCCAGUGAUCCGCACCAACCCUGUUACAGGAUGGAAGAGUGUCUUUGCCGUCGGCACUCAUGUCGAGAAAAUCAACGGGCUGACCGAUGAAGAGAGUAAACAUCUCUCCGACUGGUUCGUAAACUUGAUCAUGGAGAAUCAUGAUCUGCAAGUGCGCUUCCGUUGGCAAAACCCGAAUGAUCUCGCGAUCUGGGAUAACCGGUCCACAUAUCACGCAGCGACCUGGGACUACGAAGAUGUUGGUCCACGGGCUGGUCACCGCGCUGUCAGUCUAGGAGAAGUGCCGUUUUAUGACCCAAAUAGCACUGGAAGACGCGAAGCACUGGAGAAAGGCGAAUAA